UAAGAUUGUUAGGACUACACAAGCUCCUCAUCUUAUAUUUUCUCCACACAAAAAAAUUUCCCUCUCUCUCUCUCUCUAAAAUUUCUCCAACUAUGCACGCAUCAAAGAUGCUGCUCCUCUCUCCAGCCUGCACCUCACUGCCUGCACCACAUAGAAAUAGAAGUAGUAGUUACAAUGCCAUAUAUAGAAGAACAGGCUCAUACGCACCGCUCAAGGUGUUGUCAAUGGCAAAUGAGAGCAGCGAAAGUGAGAGCUCCACCAUAGCAAAAGUGGCCAUAGUGGGUGGACUGAUCUCCACGCCGGUGAUAGGGUGGUCUCUCUACACGCUCAAGACCACGGGCUGUGGCCUCCCACCCGGACCAGGGGGCUCAAUAGGUGCACUAGAAGGCGUCAGCUACCUGGUGGUUGUGGCGAUUGUGGCUUGGUCAUUGUACACCAAGUCCAAAACUGGCUCAGGUCUGCCUAACGGCCCUUUCGGGUUGUUAGGUGCUGUGGAAGGUCUGUCAUACUUGUCUCUGCUUGCCAUUGUUGUUGUGUUUGGGUUGCAGUUCUUUGAGCAAGGCUCCAUUCCGGGACCACUCCCCAGUGACCAGUGCUUUGGCUGAGGUCUCCCUCUUCUCUUUUAGUUAUGUACUGUUGUUAUUUCUUCAAUAUAUAUUGUUUUGUGACCACUAGACGAGUUGAAUUCUCUAUCAUUGUGUUUGGUAAAAGUUGUGCUAAAUUUAUGCUCUAUUCAGCAAUAAAGAAUGUCCCCGCAUUUCCCCAAAUUUUACUCAACAAAACUACUUUUUACAAAUAA